AACGGACGAACUAGCCAUGACCCUCUAUAAGGAGACCAGGUACAUAACGGACGAACUAGCCAUGACCCUCUAUAAAGAGAGCAGGUACAUAACGGACGAACUAGCCAUGACCCUCUCAAAGGAGACCAGGUACAUAACGGACGAACUAGCCAUGACCCUCUAUAAGGAGACCAGGUACAUAACGGAUGAACUAGCCAUGACCCUCUAUAUGGAGACCAGGUACAUAAUGGACGAACUAGCCAUGACCCUCUAUUAGGAGACCAGGUACAUAACGGACAAACUAGCCAUGACCCUCUAUGAGGAGACCAGGUACAUAAUGGACGAACUAGCCAUGACCCUCUAUAAGGAGACCAGGUACAUAAUGGACGAACUAGCCAUGACCCUCUCAAAGGAUACCAGGUACAUAACGGACGAACUAGCCAUGACCUUCUAUAAGGAGACCAGGCACAUAACGGACGAACUAGCCAUGACUCUCUAUAAGGAGACCAGGUACAUAACGGACGAACUAUAAAGAGACCAGGUACAUAACAUACGAACUAGCCAUGACCCUCUAUAAAGAGACCAGGUACAUAAUAGACGACCUAGUCAUGACCCUCUAUAAGGAGACCAGGUACAUAACGGACGAACUAGCCAUGACCCUCUAUAAAGAGACCAGGUACAUAAUGGACGACCUAGCCAUGACCCUCUAUAAAUAGAGCUGGUACAUAACGGACGAACUAGCCAUGACCCUCUAUAAAGAGACCAGGUACAUAAUGGACGAACUAGCCAUGACCCUUUAUAAGGAGACCAGGUACAUAAUGGACGACCUAGCCAUGACCCUCUAUAAGGAGACCAGGUACAUAAUGGACGACCUAGCCAUGAUCCUCUAUAAGGAGACCAGGUACAUAAUGGACGAACUAGCCAUGACCCUCUAUAAGGAGACCAGGUACAUAACGGACAAACUAGCCAUGACCCUCUAUGAGGAGACCAGGUACAUAAUGGACGACCUAGCCAUGACCCUCUAUAAGGAGAGCAGGUACAUAACGGACAAACUAGCCAUGACCCUCUAUGAGGAGACCAGGUACAUAAUGGACGACCUAGCCAUGACCCUCUAUAAGGAGACCAGGUACAUAAUGGACGAACUAGCCAUGACCCUCUAUAAGGAGACCAGGUACAUAACGGACAAACUAGCCAUGACCCUCUAUGAGGAGACCAGGUACAUAAUGGACGACCUAGCCAUGACCCUCUAUAAGGAGAGCAGGUACAUAACGGAUGAACUAGCCAUGACCCUCUAUAUGGAGACCAGGUACAUAAUGGACGAACUAGCCAUGACCCUCUAUUAGGAGACCAGGUACAUAACGGACAAACUAGCCAUGACCCUCUAUGAGGAGACCAGGUACAUAACGGACAAACUAGCCAUGACCCUCUAUGAGGAGACCAGGUACAUAAUGGACGACCUAGCCAUGACCCUCUAUAAGGAGACCAGGUACAUAACGGACAAACUAGCCAUGACCCUCUAUGAGGAGACCAGGUACAUAAUGGACGACCUAGCCAUGACCCUCUAUAAGGAGAGCAGAAGACUUUGCCAUCAUCCUCAUUAUCAAUAUGGUCUAUAAUAAUCAUCAGCAAGAUUGUCAUUAUCCUCAUCACCAUCAUUAACAACAUUAUCAUCAUCAUCAUCCUCAUCACCUUCAUCAACAACAACAAUAUCAUUAUCAUCGACAUCAUCAUAAACAACAUUAUUAUCAUCAUACCACCAUCAUCAUUAUCAUCAUCAACAACAAAAAAAGCAGCAGUAACGUUAUUGUCGCCGUCACUGUGAUAAUUAUCGUCUCCAUUUUCACACCAUUACCUAUUUUUUUGUUACCACCGCUGCAACUUACACCAACACCAUUAUCAACAUCACCAUCACCAUUAUCAACAAAAUUAUUACCAUCAUCACCAUCACCAUCAUCAUCCCCAUUAUCAACAACAUAUCAUCAUCAUCAACAUAAUCUUUAUCCACAAUAUCUUUCACUUAUCUAAUCGAAAGCACGUCAGAGCUAAUUCAAAAUAAACUUUUUC